AUGAGGCAGGGGAAUGAGAAAUCGGCUACACCAGCCACUAUCAACUUUGAGCAAGCGACUAUCGACAAUCCUUUGAAGCAGUAUAGCCCCGAAGUCAUUCAGCAAAAUGCAAUUCAGUUUGCAAAGCACUUCGGGUUUCCUGGACUCGAAGGACUUUUCGUCAAAGCAGCAUUCUGUGCCCGCGAUCCACGCCUGGCUCCCACAGUGAGCGGUUUGACGACUGAAGAAAAGGAUGCGCUCAAUGCGGAAAUCCAGGGUUCUGUACGGUUCUGGAACCAGCCGAAGCAGUUGAAGAUUGCAGUCUUAACUUGCUGUCUUGGAGCCAUUCUUCAGGGCUGGAACCAGACAGGAGCUGCUGGGGCCAAUUUGUCAUGGCCUGAGGAGUUAGGAUUACAUAUUAUGCCGGGGCAUGAAGAUUACAACAUCUCGGACGUCUUCUAUUUCUCCGGCGUGAAUGCAAUCAGCUAUUUCGUUGCUGCCCUUUUCGGAUCAUGGAUAUCAGAUCCUGUGCAAGAAAUCCUCUUGGGCCGCCGUGCUGCCAUUUUCUUUGCUGGGCUAUGCAUCUUCGCUGCAUCAAUCGCCAGUGCGUUUGUAAAGAGUGUCGGCGGUCUCAUGGCGGCCCGAGUUGUAUUAGGGAUCGGAAUGGGGUGUAAGGCGAGCGUCAUACCGAUCUAUAGCGCAGAGAUUGCCCCUGCACAAAUCAGAGGGACUCUGGGAGUCAACUGGCAAAUUAUGGAUGCCCUAGGUAUUGCGUUGGGUUAUGCUGCAAAUCUUAUAGUCGCGGAUAUUGGCCGUGUGGCAUGGCGUGUGCAAUUUGCCACUGCGGUAUUGCCUACUCUAUUUCUCCUAGUCUUAGUAUUCUGUGCUCCUGAAUCGCCGAGAUACCUUGUUAAGAAGAAGCAAUACAACAAGGCCUAUCGAAGCCUCCUAGCUUUGCGGGAGUCUCCAAUUAUUGCUGCCCGAGAUUUGUUCUAUAUACACGUCCAACUUCUUGCUGAGACGAGACUAUUCUCCUCACGGCGGGACAUUGGGUUCAACGUUGUCCGAAAUGAUACCGAUAGCGAUCUGGAGACGAAUAGCAUUCAGACCAACUUGGAGGGAUUUGGCGAGGCUGAAACUUACCAGGACGAGAUUGAUAAGAUCUCGUAUUGGGACCGUGUGUUGCAACUGUGGAAGGUGAAGAGAGUAAGGAGAAGUGCCCUCGCCUCCUUUGCUGUGAUGAUCUCUCAACAGCUCUGCGGUAUCAAUGUUCUGGCCUUCUACGGGUCCACGUUCUUCGAGAGCGUCAAUGAGAGCCGUUAUCAAGCAUUGUGGUUCAGCCUUGGCUUUGGUUUGGCUAAUUUCAUUUUCGCCUUACCAGCGUACUCCCUUGUCGAGUCCUGGGGUCGGAGACCACUCUUGCUCAUUUCGAUUCCGGGCAUGAUGAUCAGUCUGAUUGCGUGCGGAAGCUGUUUUUAUAUAAAUGGAGACAGUGCUCGUAUUGGCGCCGUGUCAUUUUUCAUCUUCGUCUUCACGUUCUUCUACUCUCCUGGAGUCGGACCCAUUCCCUUCGCAACUACGUCGGAGAUUUUUAUGAGCGUGAAUCGCGAGAUCGGCAUGUCCUUUGGAGUUUUUAUAAAUCUUUUCUUCGCUGGUAUUCUUACCAUCCUCGUACCACCUUUGACUCGCAUUAUAGGCGGUGCUGGCACAGGGAUAGAAUACUCAAGAGUGCAAGGCCGCAUCCUCUAUGUCUUUGCUGGCCUCAACAUCAUCGCGUUCCUACUUUGCUAUUUCCUUGUUCCAGAAACGUCUGGGGCGACCAUCAGCAAGAGCGCAGCGAAUAUGGAAUAUAUUUCCUUGGAAGAAAUGAACUAUAUCUUCGAUACACCAACCCGAAGGCAUGUGGAAUACCAGACGAGGAUAGUCUUGCCUUGGGCGAUCAGUCGUGCCAUGCCCUGGAGGAAUCCACUACCUCGACCGGAAGGAUUGUAUCAAUGGUCACGAUAUGGGACAAUAGAGACAGCGGAGCCAUUGAACGAAGGUGGGGCCAUCGGCGAUGCUCUUAGUGAAAAUGAAUCAUCCAUGUUCUGAGUAGGGCUGGGCAAGGCGUAUAUAAUAAUGAUUAUAUUUUGAUCGUUGAU